GGCUGGGCUUUCGGUGGCAGCUGUAACGUUAGCUACCACAAAGCUAGCAAGCUAAACUAGCCAGCUAGCAUGUUACAGAUACUAUCUGAAUUGCUUUCAGCUUUAAUUUACGUUGCCAUUAUCUGUUAUUGUCGGUUUCCACACCGAGGGUCAUGCAGUAUCUCAGCGAUUUAUGUGAUCGUUAAUAAAAAAUGUUAAUGUGAUUUGAUUAAUAUAAAGUGCAUCAAAUGAAAGUGUAUGGAGCUCACUGCGAAAAGUAGGAUUUAAAGCCAAAAACAGACUGAUUUUUUGACUUCUGUUAUGUUAUGAUUUCAUUGGUUGAGCAAAUGCAUUUAAUAUGAUCGUGGAAGCUGACUGUAACCCGCUCUUCGUUGCUAUGCACCGUGGACUGCAGGAUUGAAAGUAGGGCACACUGAGUGGUGGUGAGCUAGACUUGCAGGAGCAUCAUUGACCUCGCAGUCCUUGGCUCUGAUUCGGCGUGUGACGUCAUCGAGCUCGGAGCAGCGGUUGGGGCGGGGACGAGGGGCUGAGAAGAGGCCCCAUGUCAGCCCGCAACGGGUCCGCAAGCGAUGCAGAGUGCCGGAUCUCUGAGGAGGGCCACACUCUGGAGGACGUGGAGCUGACAGAGCUGGGCCCCUUGAUGGAGAGCGUGGUGACAGGGGAGGCCGCAGCCCUCCCUGACGAUGAGGAGGAGGAUGAUGAAGGGGGCCGAGGGAUGACGCUGCCCUUACAGGCCCACCAUGCUAUGGAGAAGAUGGAGGAGUUUGUGUACAAGGUUUGGGAAGGGCGCUGGAGGGUUAUUCCAUACCACGUCCUACCAGAGUGGCUGAAGGACAAUGACUACCUCCUGCAUGGUCACCGGCCGCCCAUGCCCUCCUUCCGCGCCUGCUUUGGCAGCAUCUUCAGAAUCCACACGGAGACUGGGAACAUCUGGACACACCUGCUGGGGCUGGUCCUCUUCCUGUGCCUGGGAACGCUCACCAUGCUGCGCCCCAACAUGUACUUCACGGCCCCCCUGCAGGAGAAGGUGGUGUUCGGGACCUUCUUCCUGAGUGCCGUGUUGUGCCUCAGUUUCUCCUGGCUCUUCCACACUGUGUACUGCCACUCUGAAAAGGUGUCCCGCACAUUCUCCAAGCUGGAUUACUCGGGCAUCGCUCUGCUGAUCAUGGGCUCCUUCGUGCCCUGGCUCUACUACUCCUUCUACUGCUCGCCGCAGCCGCGCCUCAUCUACCUCUGCAUCGUCUGCGUACUGGGGAUCGCCGCCAUCAUCGUGGCCCAGUGGGACCGCUUCUCCACACCCCGCCACAGGCCCACCAGAGCAGGAGUGUUCAUGGGCCUGGGUCUGAGUGGGAUUGUACCCACGAUGCACUUCACCAUUGCUGAGGGCUUCGUCAAGGCCACCACGGUGGGGCAGAUGGGCUGGUUCUACCUGAUGGGAGCCAUGUACAUCACCGGAGCUGGGCUGUAUGCAGCGAGGAUCCCGGAGCGCUACUUUCCUGGGAAAUGUGACAUCUGGUUCCAGUCCCACCAGAUCUUCCACGUGCUAGUGGUGGCCGCAGCCUUCGUCCACUUCUAUGGCGUGUCCAACCUACAGGAGUUCCGCUACGGGCUAGAAGGGGGCUGCACUGAUGACACAUUACUCUGAGAUCUGGACGGGAGGAGAGCCUUCUCCUGGGGUUCCACACUGGUUUUGGGACAA